UGAAAACACACCUGCUCGGCGAACGAAUCUACAACCCGAGCUACAAAUCUUCUCAAGAACUCUAAAAAUAUCUAACAUUUCCAACAGUAAUGAAAUCUGAAACUGUGUUUGUCUCUCUUCUCUCCACACUUCCCCUUAUUGUCGGAACAAAUAACUCUAUAAGUGUAAAUUGAGCAUUAUUCAGGUCCUUCCUUAUCAGGAAUUAUCGGUUAGGAAACAUCUUUAACACCGGAUUGGGUCCGACUGCCCUUCCUCAGCAUUAAGACAGACCUCCCCAUUUGCAACAAAUUUCUUCAGUGAUCGAACCUUGCACCUAAAUCACGUGAUAUCAGAUCACGUGUGACCAGCUUUAUGUAAUCGGAACCGUUUGACCAAUAGCGGCAGCCCAUAGCCGCUUGAUAACAUUUGGUUUGUCCUGUCAGCUGUGGAACCCAGCUCGAUAAGGUGAUUGUGUUUAUUCCUAGAUGCAGCUGAUGUCUGUAUUUGCUGAGAAAUGCCUGUUUCUGAAAUGGAUCUGCAGGAACUACAGUUCAGUCACUGCUUCCAAUUUAGCAUUUGUUCCUUCAAGCACACCUUUGGAUUCAAUCGAGUUGAAGGAACUUCAGGAGUUUGUACAUCAGUCCAAGAAGCUGUUUGUGCUGACUGGAGCAGGAGUAUCAACAGAGUCUGGUAUUCCAGAUUAUCGUUCAGAAGGUGUAGGUCUCUAUGCAAGGACAGCAAGGCGUCCCAUUCAGCACUCUGAAUUUAUUCGCAGUGUUAAGGGCAGGCAGAGAUACUGGGCACGGAAUUAUGUCGGUUGGCCACAAUUUAGUUCUCAUCAGCCAAAUGUGGCACAUAAUGUUUUCAGUCAAUGGGAAAAACUGGGGAAGGUUUGCUGGCUGGUGACUCAAAAUGUUGAUGCUUUACAUGCAAAGGCAGGAAGCCAACACAUGACUGAGCUUCACGGCUGUUCUCAUAGGGUGAUCUGUCUUGGGUGUGGAGCUGUAACACCUAGGGGUCAUCUUCAAGAAAAAUUCAGAGCUCUGAAUCCUGGCUGGACUGGAGAAGCACAUGGAAUAGCUCCAGAUGGAGAUGUUUUCCUCACUGACGAUCAAGUUAAACAUUUUAUCAUUCCUUCAUGUGAGAGUUGUGGUGGUAUCCUGAAACCUGAUGUCACCUUUUUUGGAGACACAGUGAAUAAGGAGAAAGUGAAUUUUGUUUAUGAGCGGGUGGCUGAAUCAGAUGCUGUUUUGGUGGCUGGUUCUUCUCUACAGGUAUAUUCUGGAUAUAGGUUCAUCAUUGCGGCGUAUGAGAUGAAGAUACCAAUCGCAUUACUAAAUAUUGGGGUUACUAGAGCAGAUGCACUGGCCAGUCUGAAAAUCAAUGCUCGAUGUGGAGAGGUGCUGUCCCGUAUUCUUCACCUUUGAGAGGCUAUUGUUGCAAACUAGUAAAUGACACACUAAUGGUAAUAUUUAACAAAAUAGUUUUACUAUGCAGAAUAGAUCCAUCAUUUAUCAAUAGGAAUAUGCUCCACAACAUCUCCUGAAGGAACCAUUAGGGUUUUUCCAUAAAAUAAAAUUUGGGGCUGAUGGAAACAGGUUGAGGGUUCAAUAGUAUAACAGUCAUAAAUAAGACUCUCAUCAAAACAAGUUUAAUGAGUCUUUCUUUCUUUGACUGUGUAUGCUUACAAGCAAGCUCACCUGUAAAGCUCAUUGUUUUUAAUAUUCAUAUACAUCUAAUUUGGCAUACAAAUACAAUAAUCUGAGAUGCUGGAGUAUUCCAUAUACUUGAAAGACUUACCUCAGGUGAAAUAUGAUAGUUAUAGCAAGUUAAAAUGCAGCAGAAUGAAAUCACAGUACACCAUGUCACCAUGUUUUGGGCAGCACGGUGGCACAGUGGUUAGCACUGCUGCCUCACAGCGCCAGAGACCUGGGUUGAAUUCCCGCC